AUGGCGGCUCCUGCGCCAGUAAAUUCGACCGCGUCUCUCCAGGGUCUCGUGCAGCGUCUUUUGCCGCGAUCGUACCACAAUGCCUUUGAUUUCAAACUGGUAUCGGACUUGGCACCACCAACACCCGAGAACAAGUAUGACGUGUUCCGCGUCUCGAACAAGAACUCGACCAAUGCCGCCCGUAUCAUGAUCGAGGGAACCACCCUGUCUGCCCUGAGUCGCGGACUGAAGUAUUAUUUGGAUCAGGCUGGUCAGGUCGAGCUGACCUGGAGCGGCAACCGCUUCGAUGAGCUCCCCCAAACACCACCACCCGUGCCUGAUCUGGAGAUCGACACUAAAAAAGUUGCUACCGCCGGACACGUCCGUGGAAGUAUUGUCCCCUGGAGGUAUUACACCAACGUUGUCUCCUAUGGUUACCAAUUUGCCUUCUGGGACUGGAAGCGCUGGGAGCGUGAAAUCGAUUGGAUGGCUCUGAACGGCAUUAACAUGUUGCCUGCCAUGAUCGGUCAGGAGUACGUCGUCCGCGAGUUCUACCGCAGCCUGGGCCUUACGGACGAGGACAUUGACAGCUUCAUUGCCGGUCCCGCUUACAUGCCUUGGCAGCGCAUGGGUAAUCUCCAAGGUUCCUGGAACCACGAUCUUUUGAACAGCAGUGCCGCCAACGAGCUCGUCUACAAGAAGAAAUGGAUCGAUGCUCAGUGGGACCUUCAGCAGUUGAUCCUGGCGCGUCUCCAGGCCCUUGAUAUCACUGCAGUCCUGCCCACUUUCCAGGCCUUUGUUCCCCGAGCACUUGUGAACAAGUUCCCCAACAACGAAUUCAAGAACACGAGUGUCUGGUCCUUCUUCCCCGAAAAAUACACCAUGGUCACCUAUGUAGAGCAGACGGACCCCCUCUUCAACGAGCUCUCUACCAAAUUCCUGCAGCUUCAGCAGAAGAUGAAUAAUGGUUACCAGGCUCACUAUUACCUGCUGGAUCUGUACAACGAGUUGGUCCCUGACUGUGUCACUCCUGAGUGUCUUAAGGCGACAACGACUAGUGUCACGAAGGCGUUGCAGGCUGCAGACAAGGAUGCGGUUUGGGUGAUGCAGGGAUGGUUCCUGACGAACACUGCCAUUUGGACACCCGAGGCCACCGCCGCUUACUUCCAAGGUAUUCGCGAUGCCAACGGCACGCCUUUCAUCUACGAUUUGGCUUCAGAAUCCAUGCCCAUCUGGAAUUCGAAUGAUGGAUUCUAUGGAAACAACUUUGGCUGGAGUUUGCUUAACAACUUCGGUGCUGCCCAAGGUCUGUUUGCAAAGCUUCCUGAGCUGCUGACCGUUCCUUUCGAGGCCUACGAACAGUACUCCGGCAACUUGAAGGGUAUGGGUGUCACUGCUGAGGGUAUCAACAACAACGAGUACAUCUAUCAGACCAUGCUGGAGUUACCCUGGCACAGCCCUAAGGAGACCAUCAACGGCACCCAGCAUCUCCAGCAGUUCAUCCGCCGUCGCUAUGGUGCCACCAAGGCCACGGCUCUUGUCCAGGAUGCAUGGAACAAGUUGCGUCAGACUGUUUGGGAUUGCCAGUCCGGCCAGGCCUCGCAGAGCAAAUCCUUUGUCGAAAAGUUGCCCGCACUUAACAUGACCAACACCGACUGGUUGGGCACUGUCUUCUGGUACAACCAGACCAUCGUCGUCCAGGCCUGGGAUCAGCUGGUCCGAGCCGCCCUCCACGAGCAGCACGCCAAUGUCCCCAAGUCAUUCAAAUUCGAUCUGGUCGACACGACCCGUGAGGUCCUAUUGGCAACCGUGUUCCCUGCGCUGCACGAGUCCCUUAUCGACGGUUAUGAGACCAAGAAUCUCCAGAAGAUCAGGAACUAUGGUCGCCAGAUCAUCGCCCUUAUCCGCGAUGCUGAUACGCUGUUGAACACCAGCCCUUUCUUCUCCCUUGGCAGCUUUAUCCGCGAGGCUAAAGCCUCGAUCGACCCCACCGGAGGCCCCUCUAAGGCCGGAUACGAGCAGUUCUUGGAGUCGAAUGCGCGUAACAUCGUGACCUGGUGGGGUCCUGAGGGCACUGGCCCACCAGGCUCGCUGCCUGAUUAUGCCUCGAAGCAGUGGGGUGGUCUGCUCAACUCAUUCUACUUGCCUCGCUGGGAGUUGUUCAUCCAGCAACUGGAACAGGCUGUUGCCACCAAGACCGCUUGGGACCCAGAGGAUUACUUGAAGAAGAACUUGGCUCGUGAGGCACAGUGGCAGGCAGAAGUUUGGGGCCGUCGCCCUGGAGAGACUGUUCUCAACGGUCAAGAAUCCACGGAGGUUGUGCGUGAGUUGUGGGACAAGUACCGUGCUUUGGCGGUCAAGAUUGCUGCUGGCGGCAAGGCUUAA